CAACACGAGGGGAAGGGACUUCCGGCGUCCUCCUCGUAGCGGGCGUUUUGUGAUUUUUUAGGAUCGGCUCACCUGGUUAGAGGCUCCAUAGCGUAGGGCAGGGGGUCGAGGUGCCGUGACCGAGGAGACCCGGUAGUAGUCGUGGUACCCGCCGUGCAGAUGCGGGCCUGAGGCUCGGCAACCCGCGCCAGGGCCGGGACAGAGACCGCAGCACCCGGGGCCCCCUCCUCUCCCGCCGCUCCCUCCUCGCCCACCCCAGAGAGUCCGAUGGCGGCGGCCGCGCUGAGGCUCCCGGCUCAGGUUGCUGCUGUGGAGCAGAGGAUGUGGAGGCACCCACUGAGCAGAGCGCUUCUGUGGGAGUGUCACAGACAAGGAUCCCUGAGGUAGCUCUGACUUCCCAGAAGACCCAUCUCUGCAGAAUGUGUGGUCCGGUCUUGAGAAGCAUCUUCCACUUGGCUGAGCAGCAGGGAACACAACACAGCCAGAAACUGUUGAGGUGUGGAGCAUGUGCAAAAUGCUUUCAUUUCAGUGCAAACUUUCACCAGCACCAGGAGGACCAAGUGGGAGAGACACCCUUCAGGAGCAGUGUGGACAGGUCCUUGAUUGUGAAGACCUGCAGUUUUCAUGUGUCACAGAAGCCUUUUACCUGCUGGGAUGUUGGGAAGGACUUCUUGACCAGCUUGGGACAUCUGCAGCAACAGUCCACUCUAACCAAGGAGGAGCCUAACAAAAUCAACCUGGACACAACUUCACAAAGCAGUAAAAGUCAUUACACUUGGGGAGAAUGCACAAAAGCUUUUAGCCCCAUACUUACACUUGGUCAGGACCAGACUGUUCACGCUGAAAGAGAGUGUUUUGUAUGCCAUGAAUGUGGGAAAGCAUUCGGAGACAGAGCUUCACUUGUUUUGCACCAGAGAGUUCACACUGGAAGUUUUCCUGCUUGUGGCGAAUGUGGAAAAUUCUUUGGGAAAAGCUCAACCCUCAGUCAAAACCGGAGAAUUCAUCUGGGGACAAAGCAGUACAAGUGCAGCAAAUGUGGGAAAUCCGUAAGCCACAAAUCUGUCCUCAUUGAUUCCCAGAGAGGACUCCAAGAAAACAGCUAUGUGUGCCAUGAAUGUACGAAAUCUUUUACCUCUAGCACUGCCCUCAGUUAUCAUCACAGAUCUCACACAGGAGAAGGACCUUAUGAGUGCAGUGAAUGUGGGAAAUCCAUUAAGCAUAGUUCUAACUUCAAUCGACACCGGAGGCUUCACACGGGAGAAAGGCCUUAUAGGUGUUGUGAGUGUGUGAAAUCCUUUACUUCUAGCUCUGCCCUUCGUGACCAUCAGAGUGUUCAUACAGGAGAAAGGCCUUAUGAGUGCAGUGAUUGUGGGAAAUCCUUUAGGGAUAGUUCCUACUUCAGUCGACACCGGAGAGUUCACACAGGAGAAAGGCCGUAUCAGUGUAGUGAGUGUUUGAAAUCUUUUACCUCUAGCUCUGCCCUCAUUUAUCAUCAAAGAUCUCACACAGGAGAAAGACCUUAUGAGUGCACUGAAUGUGGGAAAUCUUUCAAGCAUAGUUCCCACUUCAGUCGACACAGGCGAGUUCACACAGAAGAAAGACCUUACGAGUGCAGUGAAUGUGGGAAAUUUUUUAAGACUAGAUUCCAUUUAAGUCGACACCAGAGUGUUCACAGCAGAGAAAAGCCUUAUGAGUGCAGUGAUUGUGGGAAAUCUUUUAAGGAUAGUUACUACUUCAGACGACACCAGAGUUCACACAGGAGAAAGGUCGUAUCCGUGUAGUGAGUGAAAUCUUUUACCUGUAACUCUGCCCUCAUUUAUCAUGAAAGAUCUCACACAGGAGAAAGGCCUAAUGAGUGCACUGAAUGUGGGAACUCCUUUAAGCUUAGUUCUCACUUCAGUCGACACAGGCAAAUUCACACAGAAGAAAGACCUUAUGAGUGCAGUGAAUAUGCAAAAUAUUUUAAGGAUAGAUCCCAAUUAAAUCAACACCAGAGUGUUCACACAGGACAAAGGCCUUAUGAGUGCAGUGAUUGUGGUUAAUCCUUUAAGGAUAGUUACCUCUUCAAUGAACACCAGAGAGUUCACACAGGAGAAAGGCCAUAUCAGUGUAUUGAGUGUGAAAUUUUUCACCUGUAGCUCUGCUCUCAGUUAUCAUCAAACAUCUCACACAGGAGAAAGGCCUUAUAAGUGCAGCGAAUGGGGGAAAUUUUUUUUUUUAAGAUUUUAUUGGGGAAUUGGGGGAGGGGAACAGACAAGUUGCUGUCCUUUUGUUCU